AUGACCGACGCGGUGGUGGGCGGCAGCUCUGACCGGUGGAUGUGCCCCAGCGACAGGACCAUGUCUCUCCGGGCUGGCAGCGAGAAGGAGCAGCUCCCCACCGGCUGGGCAGCGCGGGGCGGCCAGCCCGACCGGCAGCGCAAGAGCGAGGAGCUGACGGACGAGGAGAAGGAGAUCAUCAACCGAGUCAUCGCCCGGGCCGAGAAGAUGGAGGAGAUGGAGCAGGAGCGCAUCGGGCGACUCAUGACCCGGCUGGAGGACAUGCGCCGGAGCGUGCUGGGGGACGGGGUGAACCGCUGCAUCCUCUGCGGGGAGCAGCUGGGGCCGCGGGGGUCCGCCUGCGUCGUCUGCGAGGACUGCAAGAAGAACGUCUGCACCAAGUGCGGGGUGGAGACCACCAACAGCCGGCCCCACGCCAUCUGGCUCUGCAAGAUCUGCAGCGAGCAGCGGGAGGUGUGGAAGCGCUCCGGCGCCUGGUUCUUCAAGGGUUUGCCCAAGCAAGUGCUGCCCCAGCCGAUGCCCGUCAGCAAGAACAAGGGACCCCAAGCCCCGAGCGAGCCCAGCCCGUCGGAGCCGCCCGCCCAGGACCCGAAACUCCCCGUCCGUGCACCCGCUCGAGGCCAGGCGGACGCCCCGGCCGAGCAGGACUCUGACGGCAGCGACGCGACGGCGGCUGCCCGGGGGAGCUACGCAGUGCCCGGCCGCAAGCCGGCCGAGGGCAGGCCGGGCCCGUGCGGCAGCGAGCACACCAACGGAGAGGCUGACGGCCGUGACUACGCUGCCGAGAGCGGGGUCAGCAGGAGUCCUGGCGUGAAGCGAACCAACUCCCUGCAAGCGCCGCGGCCGCCCCCGCCAGCGGCUGCCGGCCCCGCUCCUGGUCCCGGUCCAGCAGCACCCCCAGCGCCACUGGCAGCGGGAAGACCGGGUCCCGGGGCGGCCGGCCGGUUCCCGGAGAGACAAGCGAGCCCGCCACUGGGACCCCCGGAGCCAGCCCGUGCUGCCGCCAGGGAGGAGCGAGGAGGGGGCUACGCCGUGCCCCCCGCCAGGGAGGAGAGGCCAGGCCGGCAGCCCCCCGCCUUCCCGCAGCCCCCCGCCAUGCCGCCGGCACCUGCUGCCCCGCUGCGGCAGCCGCCCCAGGAGGAAGAGGAGGAGGACGCUAACAGCUACGACUCUGACGAAGGCACUACGCUGGGAGCGCUGGAGUUCAGCCUGCUCUACGACCAGGAGAACAGCUCCCUGCACUGCACCCUCAUCAAGGCCAAAGGCUUAAAGCCAAUGGACUCAAACGGGCUGGCGGAUCCCUACGUCAAGCUGCACCUCUUGCCUGGAGCCAGCAAGUCAAAUAAGCUGAGGACGAAGACGCUGCGCAACACCCGUAACCCCGUGUGGAAUGAGACCCUGGUGUACCACGGCAUCACAGAUGAGGACAUGCAAAGGAAAACCCUCAGGAUCUCCGUGUGUGACGAAGACAAAUUUGGCCACAAUGAGUUUAUUGGCGAAACUAGAGUUUCCUUGAAAAAACUCAAAGCCAAUCAGAAAAAGAACUUCAACAUCUGCUUGGAGAGAGUAAUACCAAUGAAGCGUGCUGGAACAACCGGCUCAUCCCGUGGCAUGGCACUGUACGAAGAGGAGGUAGAUCGUGGUGGGGAUGUGGAGGAGCGUGGGAAGAUCCUCGUGUCCCUCAUGUACAGCACCCAGCAGGGCGGCUUGAUUGUCGGCAUCGUACGCUGCGUGCAUUUAGCAGCCAUGGAUGCCAACGGCUACUCAGACCCUUUUGUUAAACUUUGGCUGAAACCUGACAUGGGAAAAAAGGCCAAGCACAAGACACAGAUUAAGAAGAAAACAUUGAAUCCUGAGUUUAAUGAGGAGUUCUUCUAUGAUAUAAAACACAGCGAUCUGGCCAAGAAGUCACUGGACAUCUCUGUCUGGGAUUACGACAUCGGAAAAUCGAAUGAUUACAUCGGCGGCUGUCAGCUUGGCAUUACGGCUAAGGGGGAGCGCUUGAAACACUGGUAUGAAUGCUUGAAGAACAAGGACAAGAAGAUUGAACGCUGGCACACCCUCCAAAACGAGAACCACGUUGCCAGUGAUUAA